AUGGAUCACGUAUUCAUUUUGUCCGAUUACUGUAAAAUAAUCUCUAAUUCACUAAUAAAAGACCUUCCAAAUGGUAGUUUUACACUUAAAGAUAUUGAUUUUUCCAAUUGCAAUGAACUCUUUGAGCAAAAAUCGCAUAAAAGAACCGCCAGGGUAGAGUCCCGCCCCGUUUCAACUCUUUUUUCGAAUAAUUUUUAUGACGAAAAUGAGUUUGCGGUUAUUUUUGUAAAAUUCACCGAGUUUUUGUCGAAGAAUGAUUUGCCAACAAAUUGUAAAAUAGAUCUAUAUCUCUCAGUUAUAAGUUCUUGUAUAUUAAACUAUAAAAAAACGCAGCUUGUAUUUGAUACCUGCCCAGAUAUCGCAUUAUCUAUAACACUGGACCUGAUAGAGUCAAUAUGGGAAGACGAAUUCAUAUUGGAAAAGCUAUUACUUGCCUACAGAUUAAGAAAUGACUUGAUAAUUGGUAGAAAAUGCUCAAGAAUACUUUCAGAAUGUAGAAAUAACUUGAGAUUACAUUCACUUGUGAAUGAUUUAAUUCGAAUCACUGUAAAGAAUUCUAGUUUUCAUAGAAUUUUUAUACUAUCUCAACUUUCAAAUUGGUUAAAUUUAAAUGAAUUGAGUAAUUUAAUAUUAUACUCCAAGUUGAAUACUAGCGAAGGACGAGAUGCGAUUAGAGAAAUAUUGAAUGGUGAGCAGUUAAUUGAGUUUGAAAAGUUAAUUAACCCUGAAUUUCAAGAAAUAUUUAAACUUUCUGAACAUGUAUUAAACUCCAAGCCUGAGAAAAUUGAACCAAUUACAUUUUCAUUAAAAAAAGUUAAAAUUAAUAAUUUUACUCCAAACUUAAUACAAACAACAAAUCAUAUUUCAUUUUUAAGAAAUAAUAGGAAAAUAGAGGAUAAGAUAUUUGAAGAUAGUAAUAAGGAAAACCAUUUGUGGGACAAAAUUGACAAAGAAGAGGAUGAGAUAUUAUCUAAUUUGUUGUUUGGGAUUGAUUGUAGCAUAGGAGUAGUGUUGGUUGGAUCAUGUAAGAAUUAUAACAUAAGAUCAUUAUCAAAAAGGCUUGGAAUGACAGAUAAUGAAGUAAUGAGUGUAUACACAGAUGAGUCCACUGAAAUCAAGGCAUUGAUCGGUAGUUGGAUAACAGGUGAAAAUUUAGGAGAGUUUGUAUACUCAUACGGUAUUGUUUCAAGAGCAGUUAGAGAAGGGAAAUGGCUUAUUUUCGAUUCAUAUUUAUCAAAUUCGGUACUAUCUUUCCUUGUCAACCUUUGUAACUCUAAAUCACUCUAUAUAAAUGAACUGAAUGAAACCAUUGUUAUGCACGAAAAUUUUCAAAUUUUCAUUUUGAAUACUCCAGUGCUGAGCAGUGAAUUAAAAUUGUCUAAUCUUCCCAUAAUAUAUACUAAAAAGUUGGUUAAAGAUGACAUGAUUGGGAUAUGUUCCAUAAUAUACCCUAAUCAGAACAUAGCCUUGGUACUCAAGUUGAUAUUUGAUGUUGGUGAAAUGUAUGAAAUACAAAUUAACUUAAGUAAACUCUUAAAAUUUUCAAAACGAAUUUAUCCAUAUCUCGCAUACUCAACAAAUCAGUUUGAUAGUUGUAAGAAUGCAUGUGUGGAUUUAUCUAGCGAUAAUAUGAAGAAAUUGGUAUUGUUUGACUUUUUCAACAUCUUUGUGUCUGAUGUUGGUUGUAACGAACUCAGAUAUGAAAUCACCUAUGCCUUUUCGAAACUUUUAAACCUACAAAUCGGUGAGCUGAAUGAAGUUUUCCAGUCAUUUAGAUUAUUAAAAAGAUUUGUUUCGAAUAAUAGUAUAUAUCCCAUUAAGGAUAAUCAACUAGAUGAAAGAAUUUAUGAUGAGAUCGUGAAAAACGAAGAAUAUAAUAAUGAAAUAUUGAAGAUGAUAUAUAGCUCAUACGUAAGGAACGAACCAGUAUUGUUGGUGGGUGAAACAGGAACAGGUAAGACCGCAUUAAUACAAAAGUUUGCACAAAUCACCGGAAACGUGCUGAAGGUGUUUGUGUUCUCAGAAAAUUCAGACUCGAACGAUCUUUUGGGUAAUUUCAUGCCCAAGAAUAUUAACCCGGAAGAAGGAGGCCAAGAGAAAGUAAAAUACGUGUUCAACGAUGGAAUUCUACUGGAAUGCAUAAAAAACGGUUACUGGCUGUUGCUGGAUGAAAUUAAUUUAUCGCAGUACGAUUUGUUGUAUAAACUGUACUCACUGCUAUCAAGUGUUUAUUCUAAUCAAAAAUUGGGUUCCCAAGAUGAUCAAGAAAAUAAAAUAUACUUAGACCUGUACGAGUAUAUAAACCAAAGAGUGGAGGUUAAUAGAAAUUUCCGCUUGUUCGCAUGUAUGAACCCACCAAUAAUUAAAAAGAACAAAAUUAUCAAAGUUAACAGUGGUAAGAAGAACCUCCCCCCAAACUUAAUGAAGUUAUUUACGACAAUAUAUGUGGAUCCUAUAAAGAAGUACGACGACCUGCUUAGAGUGGCAAACUGCUAUACUGGACACCUAAAAAUUAAUUUGGGAGAGUUGUGCAAGUUUUACAUUCGUGUUAGUGAAAUGGUGGAACAAUGCGAAAUAGAGGACGGAGCCCAUAAUUUGCCUAAUUUCACACUAAGAAAUUUCGUGAGAAGUGUUUUGUAUAUUGUAAACAAGUUAACAAGAGAGUUUAAACCAGUUAAUAACUUGAAUAAAUUAAUAUUUGAUAGCAUAUACGCAAACUUUCUGUCAACCCUGGAACAAAAUUCCAUCAAUAAAUUAAUUGAUAUAUUACCAAGUGGAUUGUCAAGAUAUUAUCAGUCACAGACUAAUGGCAGUUGUGAUAACAACUCAAGUAAGGAAGUUGACAGUAUUAUCAUGGGCAAUGAAAAGGAAUACAUAAAUAUAUGUAACUAUUGGAUCAAAUUAGGAGGUUAUAAAGAGACAAAUACGCUUAAUGUUAAAACGUUAAAAGAACAUGAAAAUUCGGAAGAAAACUUUGUAAUAUGCAGUAAUAAUGUUAAUUAUCUUGUUAAGCUGGUAAGAAUAAUCAGCGGAUUGAAGGUCCCGAUUUUGCUGGAGGGCCCAACAGCGGCAGGAAAGACGUCGAUUGUGACCUAUCUGUGCAAGUUGACAAGAAACAAGUGUGUAAGGAUUAAUAAUUAUGAUAAUAUUGAUAUAACGGAUUACAUCGGACAAUACCACUUCAUAAAUGGAAAAUUGGUAUUUCAGUACGGACUAUUGGUGAUAGCAAUGAAAUAUGGAUACUGGGUCAUACUAGAUGAGCUGAAUUUGGCGUCAUCAACCGUUUUGGAAUGCUUAAAUCGUAUAUUGGACGAUAAUAAGGAGAUAUAUAUCAGCGAAACCAACGAAGUCAUAAAGUGUCACGAAAAUUUUAUGUUAUUUGCUACUCAGAACCCGUGUGAUUCUAUAUAUGGAGGAAGAAAACAGCUGUCGAGCUCAUUUAAGAACCGUUUUAUACAAAUUUAUUUUGAUGAGAUCAGAAACGAAGACCUGAAACUAAUACUUUACAAGAGGUGUGAUUUGCCAAUAACAAAGUCAGAUUUGAUAGUAAGGAUAUAUAAUAACAUAAAAUCGACCACAUUAAACUCAAUAUUCUUCAACAAGAAUCAAAUAUUAAUCACGAUAAGAGAUCUAAUAAAGUUGGCAAACAGGUUAACCAAUUACACAAAUAAUGAAGUAGUUGGAAAAAAGCUGUUGUAUAACGAGGCAUUGAUUGUGUUUUACUAUGUAUUGAUAUGUGAAAAGUUGUAUAACCAGAAUGAAAAAUCAUUACUAUUCAGUACAAUAAUAGGGUCAAUUAAUAGCCAAAAUUUAAAUCACAAAGUGGAUAAUAGUUUGGAGUCCAAAAAUAAUAGAAUCAAUGAUAAAAAGAAAAGAUUAUAUGAUAUUGAUGAGGUUGAAAAGAGUUAUGUAGAGUUAUUAAGAGCAAGUAAACACUUUAAAGUGGAAGAGUUGAGACAGUUUUUUGUUGAUAAUAACUAUUAUUGGAUUGAUGGGUAUACUGACCGCAUAGUGUAUCUGGUGACGGAGGCUUUAUUGAAUGGAGAACAUGUUCUUCUGGUGGGUGAAACAGGUAUAGGAAAAACAACAAUAGUGCAGUUAUUGUCCAAGUUUUUCAACACAAAACUAAACAUUUUCAAUUGUAACUUUAAUACGGAUACGGUAGAUUUUAUUGGGUCAUUUCUUCCAACAGAUCGAACUGAAGGCCUGCCAAAUUUUAUUUGGAAAAAUGGCAAGUUAAUAGAAAGCAUGAUCAAUGGAGAAUGGUUUCUGUUCGAUGAAAUUAACCUUGUGCAAGAUUCUAUACUGGAGAAAAUCAACUCGAUCCUGGAGUUCAACUCAUACAUAAUAUUAAAUUCGGGUACAGCAACAUGUAACAGUGUAGAAUCCUGUUCACAAUUUAACGGAGUAAAUGAUAUGGAAUAUGUGUAUAGUAAUAAGAAUUUCCGUGUAAUAGGGACAAUGAACCCAGGAAAUGAUUUUGGAAAGAAGGAACUUUCUCCAUCAAUAUCCAAUAGAUUCACCGUAAUAUAUCUUCCAACCAUUGAUAUCACAAAUUCUGAUAUUUUGUACAAUAUUAUACUACAACAUAAUAGAAAUUUAACACCAGUGAUUGAAGAUUGGUUAAUUAGGUCAAUUGUGCAAAUUCUCAACUUAGUUUCAAAUCGUCUCCAUAAAGUCACCAUAGGUGUUACCUCAGAUAGGCUCACAAUAAGAAAUAUAAUAAUAUGGACAAAAUAUUAUUACAACACUCUAUCAAGGCAAAUUGAUGUUGACAUAAAUGACAAGAUUACAAUAUUUAUUGAUGGAUUGUACAUUUCAAUACUGAACUCCAUGAAAAUAGACUUGAAUAUUGUAGAGAUCGAAAAUAUUAUAUUAAACUCCCUGGAAAUUAAUACUAAUGAAGUUCACUGUAAAUCCGAUCCAACCUUUGGUUUAAUGAAAAAUGUUAAUAAGGGACUAGUAUACUAUAUGGAAAGAUGUAUAGAGAAUAUACCAGACAUAAAUAUACUGUUGGAAGGGAAUCCGGGUAUAGGAAAAACAUAUAAUUUCUACAAAGUAGCGAAAAAAUACAAUAAAAAGUUAAUCAGCGUUAAUUUAAAUGAAUUUACUGAUAUAAUUGAUCUGUUAGGCUCAUUUGUACCAGGUGAUCGAAAUGAUAACGAAGAAAUAAGCUUCGUAUGGAAAAAUGGACCAUUGUUGGAGUGCGUGAUAAAUGGGUAUUGGGCAUUGUUAGAUGAAUUGAAUCUAGCAUCAUCAGAAAUUAUAGAAGGAAUAAACUCAAUCUUGGACUACAGAAGAGAAAUUUACAUACCCGAGAUUAAUAAAACUAUACCAUGUCACAAGGAUUUCCGUCUGUUCGCAACACAAAAUUCAAUAACAUCAAAUUAUAGAAAACAACUCCCACAAUCACUCUUAAACAGAUUCAUUGUAUUCAAAGUACAAGAUUUGACACAUGAUGAUUAUCGAUCAAUUUUAGUGAAAAAAUACCCAACACUGGACCAUUUGAUCCCCAAGUACAUUGAACUCAUUGCUACAAUUAAUAAUGAAAUAACUCACUCUGGCUCUGAAGAUUAUUCGGAUAAAGUUGGUUUGCUCCACAAUGUCUUACUAUACAAUAUAAGGGACUUGAUUAAUAUACUCAACCUUAUCCAACACUAUAACGAAGCUGUCUCUAUUGAUAUUAACAUUAAUUAUAAGUUGAACACAAAUAUAUUGAGAAGAUUAAAGAGUAGACUGGAACUAAGUAGUGCUUUCCCUAAAAAGUCUUUUUGUGAAGGAGUUCCACCCAUUGAAAUAAUAGAUUACCUAGAUGUGUACAAUAACCUGAUUUUGCUCUACAAGUUCAAAACACCAGUUCUAUUCCUGUACAAAGGCACUAAUAACAUUGUCCAAAUUAUAAAAAAUUACAACAGGUUGAUUGAUGUGAAUUUAGAAGAGAAUGGAGAUUUAAAAGAAAAGGUACAUUUAUUAAAUUUGUAUGAAAAUAAUGAUGUUAAUGACAUAAUUGGAACAUACGAACAGAUAAACAACCUUUACGCCCAUAACAAUAUUGUCCAACUGUACAAUAAUUUAUUGAGUAAAAUUAAAAAUAGGGAUUUUUACAUACAGUUUGUACUGAGAAAUGGUUAUCAGGAUUAUAUACUUGAUAGUGACGAGUUUUUAACACACAUUAUAGAGUUAUGCGAUCAUAUAAGAGGGCUGGAACUGGGGGAUGAAGUAAAUCAAAUACUAGGAGAUAUGGAUGAAAAUAUUAAGUUGUAUGAUAGGAAAACAGUUACGUACAAGUGGAUAGAUAGUGAUCUAAUCAAGUGUAUGGAAAACGGACAUUGGUUAAUCAUUAAUAACAUACACCUGAUAAACAGUUCAUUGUUGGACCGUCUUAACUCAUUGCUAGAUAAUUAUUACUCACAGUCAGACAAUUCGGAACUUGGAAACUUUGAAACUUUUAAUAUAAAUGAGUGCGGUUAUAACAGACAAGUAAAGGUUAAUGAAAACUUUAGGAUCUAUUUUAUAAUAGAUAGCGAUUAUUUAUAUAAAAUUUCAAACUCAUUCCUUAACCGCUGUGUACACUUAAAUAUUAAAAACUAUGAGUUUUUGCACAAUGAAAAAUCAAUAUUGAUGGAAAACAUAUUAAAAGGCCUUUAUGGUACUGUGAGUAUAGAAAUAUAUGUGUAUGAAGUCUAUUCAAUAGUAAAUAGAAUAAAGAAAAUUAGAGAUGUAGAUGUAAUGAUCACCAUAACAAUACUGUAUCUAAUUUUGAGUAAAUUGUAUGAGCUUAAUGAUCUAUUUUUGUCAUAUUUCAUUCGAUUCUACACAAACACAGAUGAUUUGACUCAAAUAUUUCAUCAAAUAAUUGAAAAAUACUAUCCAAAUUUGUGUGAUGUUGAUCUGUUAUCAGUUGGUGAUGCUAUAAUAAAUUACCUACUGAACAUAGAUAAUAAAUACUAUAAACUGUUAAGAGAAUACCUGAGGAUACUGGUAACAAGUAGUCAUGAUUUUUAUUCCCUGGAUAUUCACUUAAUUCAUCUGUACAAUAGCGUUGUUUGUGGUGGAAUUGAAACUGACAUAAUUAUCCCUACAUUUGAUCGUAUUAAUGAGGUCGAUUUGAGCUGUAGUGAAAACUUUGAAGUUUUUACCAACUUAACAGGUAAUGUCCAAGUCGCAAAGAUGGUUAGUGAAGGAAUUGAAACCUACUCAAUUAUAUGGUACAUAAACAAAUACUAUGGCUGUUCCAAUAUAACUUUGUUGAUACUCAUUUUAAGUAAUAACGAAGUAUUAAAGAAUAAUUUGAACCUUAUAGAUAAUAAUGAUUUCAUCAACACACUAUAUUACAUUUCAUUCUUGAAUUUGGAAUGUGCACGUGAUAAUUCCCAUUUGUUGGUUAAUUCUUUGAACGAUUCUUUCCUAGAUGUUAGCUACAUAACAUACAAUGAGCUUCUAAAAUAUAAUAUAAAAUGUAAUGAAAAUGAAAUAUACAGUGUAAUAAAUGAAAAUAAACAGCCACAUUUGGAUUUGUUGAGUUUAUCCUUAAGUUCAGUGGAAUUGGAAACUAUGUCAACCAACGUGGACGAGUCCAGCAUUUAUUACCACAAUUUGUUGUAUAUAAUCUAUAUAAUUUAUAGAAAUUACUUCCUGGAUCUCAAAGAUUAUAACUAUCAUAAAAUACUUAAAUAUGUUGGGAAAAUUGAGAUUGAAAACGACAUAAUUAAAAGCAUUAUAGAGGAGAUAAGAGUAUAUCUGCGAGCAGGAAAAAUUGUUAACUUGUACAACUUGCUCUUUUAUGCGUUCCACUUCCCAAAUACCAUCAACACUGAAAAAAAUCAUGGAAUACUUUACUACCUCAACCUUUUACUUCAUAACAUGGAACAAGAACCCGAUAAGUCUCCAUCCAAAAGCUUGUUGUGCCAUUAUUUUGGAUAUAUAAACGAAACUGAAGAUGCAAAUAUAGAAGAGAUGACAUAUAACGUAGAAUAUGAGUCUGAAAAGGUUUAUAAAACCUUGAUAUUUAUGUAUAUUCUGUUUAGCGUAGAUUCUUCCCAAUUCAAAUCUGAUAUUAAGUGUCUUUUGUCACAAAAAUAUAAAGUAAUAUUCGGCUGUUGUCAGGGAAGAGAUGAAUAUGAAAGUGUAAAUUAUGAGCUGUUUGGAGAACAAAAUUGCAAAGAGAAUGAAGUUUUGAAUUGUUUGAAUAAAAUGAAUAAAGAAAACUCGAGUGAUGUUCUUUAUAGGGUUUUGAAAAUCUUGGUGGAACAUAAUUUGAAAAUUAUACCAAAUAUUAGUUUGUAUAUUCAAGAAAUGGAAAAUCAUUAUCAAAGACAAUUCGAAAUCUACAAGAAAAAUGAAUUUAAACAAAUCUCCAACACAUUCAAUAUUUUAGAUUCGUUAUCAUUGGGAUACGCUAAGAAAGUCCCAGAGGUUAUUAGCAGUACUUUGGAUUCUGAGGGGAAAAUGGAAAGUGAAUUACACUGUAAAAAGAACGAAAGUAGCAUUAUAAAAUUGAUAUAUAGUUUUAUAACUGAAUACAACCAGUUUAUUACCAAUUUGAACUCAAGAACAAUUGGUGCAAACAUCAACUCCACUAACGAAGUCUCAACCACCACAAAUCUGCUACUUGAUAGUAUUAAGAAUUUCAUAAAUUACACAGUUAAUAAGUAUAAAAUUAUUCAAGACGUGAUAAUUUAUCCGAUUCUAAGCUUGAAUUCACUUAAACUAUACUACUCAAACUAUAGUAGUGUUUUGGCCCAGAAUGGAAAGAUAAGUAUGGGAAAAUUCUAUCGGUUUGGCAUAAACGUAAAUAUAAAUGACUUGUUGGGUAGUAAUGAGAUGCUUAAACUGCUAUUGAAUAAUAGUAAAAUGCUAGAAUAUUACCUUUUCAUCCUAUACUACAACUAUAAGUUAAAGUAUUGUGGAAACCAAAUUAAUGGUGUUCAUAUUCUCAAUAUAUCAAAAGCAGCAAUUAUGAAUCAACCCUCUGAGGGAUGUAUAUUCAAUGAGAAAAUGGUUCAAAUCAUAUUAGAAAAUCAGUUAACUGACGAGUACUAUGUCAUAUCCUGUUUACUCUUUCUACUUAACUUGAAUGUUAACCCCAAUAAUAAAUUCAAUAAUGUAAUAAUACAUUCUUACAGUCAUAUUCACAACAGCAUUGAGAAUGCUAAAGAAGAUAGUUCUAGUAAGAAAACUGAAUCAAUUGGAAGAAUAUGUGUUUCAUUUAAUAUACUGUUCAGUGACAUAAUGAAAAUAAUAGGUUCAGAAGAGAAGGUUUGUAGCUCCAUCCUUUCAUAUUUACUGAAUAACAGUUGUCUGAAUGUGUUUUUGAUUGAUGGAGUUCUAACAAUCUUCAGAUGUUUGGAUAAGAAUUUGGGUCAUUGUAUAGACUUUGUAAAUCUAUUUUUUUCUAAAAUUAAACAGGCAAUUUACCAAAAAGUUAUUCAAUCCAUGCAAAAGGGUAAAAACUCCGUUAAUAGUUGUAAAAAAAGGAUUAACGGUGUUAAAACAGUUGAAAAGUUUAAUACAUUUAAUAAGGGAGAUGAUAGUGAUAACCUGGAAAAUUUGAUUGAAAUCUGUCAAAACGCAAUUAAUUCUGAAUUGUCAGAGAAAAAUCUAUCACACAUUUACAAAUCUCAAGUGUUACCCAAUGAUAAAAAACAGUAUAUAAGUACAGAAUUGAAGCUUCUACAAGAUUCUGGGUUACAUUUAAAUGGAUUGAAUGUAGAUAAGGAAAUUAGUGAUGAGUCAGAAGUCGAGUGUAUAAUUGGGAUGUUAAUUGCCACAUAUAGUAAUGUUUUGGAAAAUUUCAGCAAGAUGAAUACUAAUGAGCAUAAACGUGUAAUAUCACUAACUUUGAAUGCGUUGCAAGAUUGCUACAACUUUAAAAACAUCAAUAAUCAAAUUGACGUAAACUAUGUUAUUAAUCAUGUCACUACCAGUAUGACUACAAACAAGGUCUUUGAUUCUUUAGCGACACUUUAUAACAUAAGUUAUAUAACAUCACAACCUGAAUUGAAUUUCAACAAUGAGCUAUUUUACAAUGUAAUAGAGACUAAUUUUAAACUACUGAACAUUGUAUUACGGCUGUUUGAAUUAGUUGCAAGCGAUCCUACUGAUAAUAGUGUUGGUAACUCAGACUUUCAUUAUGACUUAGUUUUAUGCACUAGACAAUAUAAUAUAAUGAGUAAAAAUAGCAAAACUGACAUGAAUAACGGUGUUGAUAAGAGUAAAAAGAUGGUUGAAGAUCUUGAGGAUACAAACGAACUGAUGAAGAGUAUGGCAAAGUUGCAAAAACUAAGUAUUAAUAAGGAACCAGAAUCUAAAUCUGGUGUUUUGACAAAUGGGAAAAUUAAAAGUAGAGUAGAUUUGGAUGUAAAAGUUUUGAAUUACUUAGUAAAGCUAAUGUAUCUGUACUUAAUAAUCCCAGAUGAGGAACAACUGGACGAAGACCAAAGAGAAGUAAAGGAAGGAGAUAUAGAGCAGGGAGGUGUAGGAUUAGAUAACGAAGUGGGAAUUAAGAAUAUAUCAAAUGAUGUAGAAGAAAAGGAGUUACAGCUUAAUCAGGAAGAAAUAGGAGAAAAUGAGGAGUUGGACGUGGAAGAUUUUGAAGAUGAGAAUAACAUAGACAUAGACGAUGAUAUAAACAAAGAUUUGGAAGAUUUAGUAGAAGAUAUUGAUAUGGACACGGAAGAUAUAGAACAAAUGGAGGGAGACCCAAAACUAGAGGAUAAGGACAUUCAGAGUGUCAAUGACUCUGAUGAAGUAAAGGAAGUGGAUUUGGAUGAAACUAAUAAUUUAGAAGAUGACUUAGAAGAAUCAAUAGAUAAUGUUGAGAAGGAGAUUGAAGAACAUUUAAACCCGAUAGACCAAGAACAGGAUGAAAAAGAGGAUGAAUUUGAUGAAGCAGAACAAAUGGGGGAAGAGGAACAGCAACUAGAAGAGGAGGAAUUAGUAGAAAACACAGAUGUAGAUGAAUAUAAAGCAUUUGAUGAGAAGGAAGAAAAGGGAGGAAAUGUCACAGGAUUGAAAGAAGAUCCAUCUGAGGGCUCCAAAGAUGAAACUCUUAAUGAAAAAGAUGUGAAUGAAGGAGUUGGUGGUUUGACUAAUGAACUCGAUGAAUCAGCUGAUGUUGAUGUUGAUGUCAAUACCCUAAAACAAAAUAAUGAUAACACAUUGGGUUCCACCGAUAAUGACAAGUUACAAUUGGACGAAAAAGAGAGGAAUAACUUGGAACCAGGCGAAUCUGGAAAGUCAUUGAAUGAAGCAAAAGGUAAAAGUUCAGAGAAUAGAGAAGAAAACGACUCAUUAAAUCCAUUCAAAUUAUGUCCAACUGAUGAAAUUGAAGAAACCCUACAAACGAAUGACUGUGAAAUGAUAAUAAACAAUUUAUUAUACCAGUUAAAUAUAAUAUUGGAGUAUAACAAGUGCAGUGGUUUUAAGGGUUAUUAUAAGUAUGGUAAAAAAAUAAGCAUCAAGCGGUUGAUGGGUUUUAUUGCCACAAACUACCAAAAUUCUAAAAUUUGGCUGAAAAGACUUAAAAAAACACAGAGAAACUAUUACAUACAACUGGCUAUAGAUAACACAAAAUCAAUGAAAUCAAUUUCAAACAUAACAUUACAGACCAUAUAUAUCAUAUACCAGGUAUUUAAGCCCAAUCCACACAUUGUCUUAGGCCUUAUACAAGUUAAACAUUACAAAGUUAAAUAUUAUCAAAUUUGGAGCGUAAGUUUACUAUCACAAUAUAAUUAUAAAUAG